GCUACGGCCGAGCUUCGAGUCAGUGCAGGGCCGAAGGGUCUUGAGGUGAGUCGUGGAGAUGUGGAGAUGCGGAGAACCGGUGGACGAUGGGAAAAAACAUGAAAUCCCGCCAAAGCGUUCCCCCGUAGAGGGCGACGGCUGGUGAGUUGUCAUACCACGAUGAGCCUCUAUGCUGCGGACUGCUGCCCCCAUCAUCUUCUAAGUUACAACCGUUUCUUCUACUUUUGAAUCAAAUAUAUCACCUAUCGGUUUCGCUACACCAUGGCUGGCACUUCGAAAGUCAAGCUUGCGAUCAUUGGCACUGGUUUAAUAGGACCAAGACAUGCAGAGGCAGUCUUGAAGGAUCCUGAUGCGGAGCUCAGUUGUAUCGUUGAUCCAAGCCCGGCAGCUAUAGCUGUUGCCGAGAGACUUGAAUGUCCCAUCUACCCAUCCAUCCAGGCUAUGCUGGCAUCGCCGUCAAAGCCGGACGCUGCCCUCGUGUGCACCCCGAACCACACUCACGUGGCUGUCUCAAAAGAGCUAUUAGACGGCGGACUUCAUGUGUUAUGCGAGAAACCCAUCUCAGUCGAUCUCCAGACUGGACAAGAGCUGGUCGACUACGCAGCGUCUCGGAAUUUACACCUCCUGAUCGGACACCACCGUCGCUUCAACCGUUAUGUGGUUACUACGAAACAACUCGUACCCUCUCUCGGCCGUAUUAUAGCCCUGAAUGGUCUUUGGACAUCGUACAAACCGCCAGAUUACUUCGAUCCUCCCACCGAGUGGCGCCGACUUGAUUCUGCAGGUCCGAUCUUGAUCAAUCUCAUUCAUGAAAUCGACAUCCUCCAUCACCUGUUCGGCGCUAUUACCAAGAUUCAUGCCGAAGCGACACCGAAACAGCGAGACCACGCAGCAGAAGAAGGGGCUGCUAUCAUCCUAAAGUUCGCUAGUGGUGCUGUGGGUACCUUUGUGCUGAGCGAUGCUAUACCCUCGCCGUACAGCUUUGAAGCUGGUACUGGGGAAAAUCCCAUGAUUCCCUACACCGGUCAGGACAUUUAUAGGAUCUUCGGCACAGAUGCGUCUUUGAGCGUGCCAGAUAUGCAGCUCUGGAGCUACCCUUCUGGUAAGAAAUCUUGGCUAGAGAUUAUCAAUUCCAAAAAGAUAGAGGUAGAGGAGAUGAAGAAACCUUUCGAGCUACAAGUAGCUCAUUUCGUCAAGGUAAUCAGAGGGCAGGAGGAGCCUAGUUGCUCUGGGAAAGAUGGACUCCGUGCUGUCAUCGUCUGUGAGGCGAUCAAGAAGGCACUGAAACAAGGAGGAUCGGUCGAUAUUGCAGAAGAUUUGUAGUGGUUUCAUUUCCGGAUACAAUCAACAACGAUCAGUGCGUCAUUCAGGAGCUUCUCGAUAAUUUCGACAGCCUACUUCAGCAUGUUUGUCGGCAAAUAUUCGCGUGAUCUAUAGACAGUGAAGUAUAGAAAGACUCGGCUGCGCCAUCUUUGAUUUCUCUUCGUCGUCAGCUCUACUGUGGCCACGUUUCGAUAUCAC